UUCGUCAAGUUUCAAAGUGCACUGCGACCAUUUCUUUAAUUGCACACUCUUCAUACCUCAUUAUACAAUAUAUCAAUACCGCGUGUACUUUGAACGGUUCUUUCUGCCGGAAUUCAUAAUUCAGAAGCGGAUUAAAUCACAUUCUCUCAUCGAAGCACCAUGAUGUCUUUGCAAGAGGUUAUUAUUUGCUUGCAAUUCGAAAAGUCUGUUGAAGGCGUGAAGCAAUUGGCAACACAGCCAAACACUGAUGAUUUGUUGGAAAUUUAUGCGCUGUACAAACAAGCAACCAUUGGAAAUGUUAACACAGCAUCUCCUGGAAUGUUCGAUAUCAAAGGAAAAUCCAAGUGGAAUGCGUGGAAUGCCAAAAAAGACAUGACCACUGAAGAGGCGAUGCAGAAAUACAUCAACAAAGUUCAAGCACUGGCUACCAAAUAGACUCUGACCUAACCUUUUGAUAAGCACGUGAGAGGAAGAAAAAGGGAAACCACAUGCCAUUGUACAAUCUACAUAUUAAAUGCCAUUGACAUUUAUUCAAAUUUCAAAGUAAUUCAAAGAAAUCUUUGUAAACAAUUACAAAUAAUGUGGAAAAAGAGGCGUUUUGCGUACAAUAAACUUUGGAGUAAAGGUGUGAUUGAUGUUUAACAUUGUAAA